GUAAAGGCAUCUCCAACAAAGGGUUCAAACCGUGAGAGAGAGAGAGAGACAGAGAGAGUGCGUGCUUUAGCGCCGACAGCAGUCUCAGGAGCGGGGUCUACUCACAGAGAGACAGGGAGGGACCUGCUCCAGACUUACACCCGAAUUACAAGCGAUCUCCUCGCUCCAGUGCCUGAAUGCUGCACAUUCCCCGAUCGGUUUGCAAACAUUCUUUGAAGUCUUCACAUUUUCGUGUCGGUUCCUGCGCACGGGCAUGUCUCCACCCUCUAGGUUCCAGCUGGUUGGCUCCGGGCGCCUUUAUAAACCUCCUCUAGCUCUCGGGCUGAUGGAGCAGCUUCGUCUGUGAGAAGGAACUGGCCUCGCAAGACAUCACAGCUCCUUUCCUGAAACACAAGAAAAACACACAUCUCAAACAAGCCUGUCUCCCGGCACUGUCGCUGUUGGCGCCAGUUCGAGUCCAGCGGGUGCCAACUGAGGAAGAAUCGACCUGAAGACCCGGGAGAUCUCCAAUCCUUCAGAAGCGAGGACGGAAGCUCAGUUUAGGAUGCAGUAAGCAGCUCUCUGCUGUUACUCCCUUAACAUUCCCCUGUCUCUGACCAAACAAAAAGGAGGCUAUUUCUUGAGAUCCAAAGAAAUGAAUUCUACUUUCUUCAAUCAGACUUUGACGGAAGAAGGCUUUUAUGCCAGUAAGACAGUACUGGGAUGUUGUAACCAUAGCACAGUGACUACUGAUGGCUCUUUGAGCUUAAAUCAAGAGGAACAGAAACUCUUCAUCAUGAGGGUGGUACAGAUUGCUGUCCUCUGCGUUCUCUCAUUGACUGUCAUCUUCGGUAUUUUCUUCCUGGGCUGCAAUCUAAUGAUUAAAUCCGAGAGCAUGAUCAAUUUCUUGGUGAAGGACAGGCGGCCCUCGAAGGAUGUGGAAGCGGUGAUAGUUGGCUUGUAUUAGAAGCGAGCUCGCCUCACCCCUUUGUUUUUACAUGUAAGCAGUGGGCAUAUCCCACCCUGCCUGUACAGAGUCAGUCUGGCCCCAGCCAGGGAAGGGUCCCGGGGCGGUUAAAGUGACGCAGGUAUAGCUUUUGGGUAUAGAGCGGAAACGAAGGGAGAUAUUUUACUUUCCGGUUGGAAGGGUGGGGGUGAAUGGAAGAACAGAAUUUCUGGAAGAAGUGUUGACAUUUUGGGUGUCUUUAUACCCUUGUCGACGAGCACGGUGGGGGUGGGGUGCCGCAGGAUUAAUGUUGCAUGCAGAACUGAAACAAGUCUGAACGUUAAUUACAAAAUUGCAUGAGAUUACCGCACUUUGUGAGAAUGUAAAAUGGGGGAAAAAGUUGUGGGCAGAGGAAAAGUGAGGCGGGGAGGGACAGGGAAGGGGUUGUGCAGCGAAUAUUGCAUGUAUUGAUACCUCUGAAUCACUUUUUUUGUCAAAAAUAAUAUGUAAUGUACACCAAACUGACUCCGGACUGCAAAAAGAAGUAACCGAAAGCAUUUUGUAACGUUUUCUGGAUGAUUUUUGAUUGAAAUCGCAUGAUUCUCCCCCACAUCCCAUGAGUCAGUGACUGUAUGACCCUCACCUUCCCUCUAGCCCCAGUAUCUUGCAGAAAUUACAGCAUGGUUUAUUUCAGAUCCCUACAGAGCCUGGCAUUUCAACUCGACGUGACUCCCUUUCUCAUCCAACGCGAUUUUUGAAAAAGUUUCUUGUUUUUAAAACUUGUGAUGCGAACAAAAAAAACCAAAAGUGGAUAAAAGAUAUUCCAAAAAUACUGUUGGCUUGAGGUUAAUUGUUUCUUCUUGUGGAUGGGAAAUGCUGGAACACAGGGCUGUCACUGACAUUAAAUUAAUUCGACAAAGCAACGCUGGAGGUCUGAAAAUUUGCAAUAAAACACACUCAGACUGUUUGCAGAAACUCUGCAGAUCGGGUAAUAGCCGAAUGAAGUCGUAAAGGCUCGAAAUGUUAACUCAAAAGUAAAACAGAACUGCUGGAAAUUUGAAACCGAAAUUGCUGGAAAAACUCAGCAAGUCAUCUGUGGCGACAGAGGAAAGAGUUAAUGUUUAGGGUCGAGUGAGCCUUCUCUAGAGGCCGAUUGCUAAUUCUUCACCUCUCUCUCCUCAUACACUACCUGAUCUGCUGGACUUCUCCAGCAAUUUCUGUUCAAACUUAUUCUGUAUGGGAACGGGAUGAUUUGAAGAACUUAUACACUUAAGAUUUAUACAAUUAAAAUUGGUGUUGUAGAACAGAGAGACCCAGGGGUUCAGGUACAUAAUUCUGAGAAAUUUGCAUCUCAUUUAAACAGAUUGGUUAAAGAGGUAGACCUUGCU